AUGGGUUUUCCGAUUAAUUACCUACUGCAACUCCUACAGUCGUUUCUUCCCGUCCAUGGACUGGAGGGCAAGUGUUCCUUCCCUAUUGUCCUCUUCAAAGUCUGCCAGAAGCAGCAACAGUCGCUGAAGCCUGCUCCUGCCGACAAUAACAACAACAUCAACAACAACAAUAACUCCUCGAUGGACAACACCGGCAACUCCCACCCCACCAUGGAAUCUCCCUCCACUCUUCUCCAGAACCUCAACCUCGACGGGGUCUCUGACAAGACUCUCCCUGCCAUCAUGCUCUCUCCUCUUGAUUCCCGUCCUUUGGUGUUCCCCACCAUCGUCUAUGAGACACGAAAGAACUCUGCCGUCACGAAGCACUCGCUGGUCGAGGUGGACGGCGAUGAAGCAGAAGACGACGUGCAACGCUCCAUGGCGCGGAGGAAAAAGAACGAGCCGCCCAUGGACAUCAACAAAAAAUGCAGCCACUGCGACAAAGUCUUCAAGCGUCCUUGCGACUUCACCAAGCACGAAAAGACACACUCGCGUCCUUGGAAGUGUCCUAUGCAAGACUGCAAGUACCACCACGUCGGCUGGCCCACCGAGAAAGAGCGUGAUCGCCAUGUCAACGACCGCCAUUCGGACAACCCACCUGCGUACAACUGCAUGUUUAAUCCAUGUACUUAUACCUCCAAGCGCGAGAGCAAUCUCAAACAACACAUGGAAAAGGCUCACGGCUGGAAGUACGUUCGAUCCAAGAAGAACGGCAAGCGUGGCCAGACCCCGUCGGCGUCUGAGGGCUCUCCCAAUCAGACUACUCCUCCUACUCCCUCCAUGCCCUUGACUCCCGCCAUGUCUACUCCUGUCUCUAGCCUUAGCACUGAGCUCCCGUCUCCGUCUAGUGGUCACAUGCCCUCGCCUUAUUCCCAGAACAUGUCGGUCAACGAGCCUGUCAUCUACAAUGGCUCUUACGUUGAUGGCUACACCAACAUGGCUAACGGCCAGCCGUUCAACUUUGCUGMCCCGCCAAUGAUGUCUGGUGUUGACUAUUCCGACUUUCAACUCUUCUCGUCUGAUCUUGACAACAUCGCACUGGAUCCUGUUCCUCAUUCGCAGACCGAAGACUUUGCCCCAUUCAACCAGGCUUUUGAGGCCGGCAACACUCAUGAGCUAAUCUCGCAACCUCCGAGUGCCGACAUGACCAUGGAUCAGUUGGGUCAAGACCACCUCAACCCCUACUGCUUCGACAGUGAAUUCUACAACUACCAGUCGGGCGCGUUGAACGACUUCCAACAGACCAACGGGAUGCCUGAGUUCCACCACAACGGAAUGCCAGAGUUCUAA